AUGCCGCAAAAGUACCCUGCAAGAUGCGAGGAAGAAUGCCGAUGCCCUCAAAAGAGCAAAAAGGACUAUAAGAAAGGCAAGAAGCAGUAUCCAGCUCCCGAGCCUUCGAAGCGCUACGAAUGCGAUGAGGAGGAGCUCUCAGAAUGCGAAGAGGAGUGCUGCGAAUCGUCAGAUGAUGGUGAGGAGAAAAUCAUGGUUGAACGCUACUGGAAGCAUGAGCCCCAAGGUAAGGGCGGAUUCGGGCCAGACUGUGGUGAAGAAAAGAUAGUUAUAUCUCGUCUCUGGAAGAAGAAGGGCAACCCCACAACUGGAGCUGGUAGUGCUGCUGAAUGUGAUCGCAUCAAAGGACGGAAGCCUACAGAUCGCGAAGACGAUGCCUCCGCUUCGUCAUCAUCUUCGUCCUCCUCAAGCAGUUCGUCAUCUUCAUCUUCUUCAUCGGACUCAGACUCGGACGAAGAGGAGAUUAUAGAGAGCUACUGCCGCAAACUUAAGCGAGGUCGAUCUCAUUCACAAAAGCGCCAGGAAAAGUCCGGCCGAAAGCCUUCAAAAGGUAUCCAUUUGAGUAUUUUCGCUCCAUAG